GAAAGAAAGAACAUACCCGUGAAAAGCACCAGAGCUUCGUCACAGAAGAGAACUCGCAAUCUUUUCUGCAUUCGCACAACCCAAACAACCGCAAGCAAUAUGGGCUGUCAGGCUGAUUUAGAGAGAACUCUGUACCCUUACGUAACCGGAUCAUCAGUAGUUGCCAUCAAAUAUAAAGAUGGCGUUCUUAUGGCUGCCGAUAUGGGAGGUUCAUAUGGGUCUACCUUGCGAUACAAGAGUAUUGAGCGCUUGAAGCCUGUUGGAAAGCAUACUCUUCUUGGUGCCAGCGGGGAAAUUAGUGAUUUUCAGGAGAUUCUUCGCUACCUUGAUGAACUCAUCCUUUAUGACAAUAUGUGGGAUGAUGGGAAUUCUUUGGGUCCUAAGGAAGUGCACAACUACUUGACUCGUGUGAUGUACAAUAGACGUAACAAAUUCAAUCCAUUGUGGAACUCACUUGUAAUUGGUGGUGUGAAAAACGGGCAGAAGUACCUAGGCAUGGUAAACAUGAUUGGCAUUAAUUUUGAUGACGACCAUGUAGCAACUGGGCUUGGCAACCAUCUUGCAAGGCCAGUUCUUCGUGAUGAAUGGAAUGAAAAUUUGACCUUUGAAGAAGGUGUCAAGUUGCUGGAGAAGUGCAUGCGGGUACUUUUAUAUCGUGAUAGGUCUGCAGUCAACAAGAUUCAGAUAGCUAAAAUUACUGAGGAAGGUACAACUGUUUUCCCACCAUUCUCCUUGAAAACAUACUGGGAGUUCUCUGCUUUCAGGAACCCAGCGGCUGGUGCUAUGGGUUCAUGGUAGCUGUCUCGCAACCUUCAAUACUUCCAUGGAACAUUCCGACGAGUCUUGCGUGAAAUGGAUAUGAGGUGGUUGAUCUUUAUUUCAUCGUACGAUUCAGCUAUUUAUGGAGAAAGAUGCUGUUUUUUCCCGUUUAAAUUUGGAUUUCACUUAUGUUAACCUCUAUUUCCCAUGGCAUGGACUCUGCCCUGUUCUACUAUCUUUAUGCUUUCCUUUGACAUCAAUCAAGGAGGCGCUUGCUUUUCUUUCUUGUUUCCAGCGAUCAUAGUGAAUGAGUGCUGUUCGAGACGAUGGAUAGGGUAUAAUUUUUUUCCCUUUGCCAACAUGGAUAGGGUAUAAUACUGCUUGGCCGUACAAAAAUAUUUCCAUAUUUGUAUCUGUGCCUUUCCACGGAACGACUUGAAGGCCGAGACUCAUUGUCGUUUGUCAGAUCCAAACGAACAAAAUGGUUGCUGAUAUCUAGUUAGUAUUUACGUUUACUUU